UUCAGAGGAGCGGACCUUACGCAAUAGAUUUUCUCUUCUUUCUUACCAGUGGCUCUGAUUUAUUUUAAUUUUUUACCUCUUUAAAUCGGUGCAGAGAAACUCCUGCUUUUUGAGCUCAGAAAGUGUCUUUUGACCAGGUUGUAGAAAUAUCUCAGCUUUUGAUCUACUGCCUAAAAUGAGAGGAGCGUUCCACGUUUUAGUCUUUGUCUUCUUUGCCUUUGCAUGUUUCAUCAGGGCGAAGAAGAUGCGCUGGUGCACCAUCUCAGAUCCUGAACACAGGAAGUGUGCAGAGCUGGCCAAAGCUCUGGUGGCAGUGUUGCCACCGGCUGCAGUAGCAGCUUUUGCCAGGCUGUCGUGCGUACAAGCAUCCAGCACAGCGGACUGCAUCGAUAAAAUCAAGGCUAACCGUGCAGAUAUAGUGGCAUUGGAUGCAGGAGAGGUUUAUUCUGCUGUGAAGCAGUUUGAUCUUGUUGCUAUUGCUAAGGAGGUCUACAAUGAUGGUAGCUGCAUCCUAUCUGUUGCUGUGGUAACAAACAGGAGCUUAGACAUACGGUCACUGCAAGGCCUCAGGAGCUGUCAUAGCGGGGCUCGAUGGACCACAGGAUGGAGCCUCCCACUCGGGUUUCUACUAUCCAGGAACUAUCUAAGCUGGAGCAAAGAGAAUCCUCUCAGCCUGGAUGUUGGUUCUUUUUUCAGAGCUAGCUGUGUUCCUGGAGCUGCCACUAUGGCGCCACAUCUGUGCACUCUGUGCCAAGGCCAAAGGUCCUAUGUACGCCAGAAGAAUUUCUUUUGUGAGACGUCACACAAUGAGCCCUUCUACAACAACCAGGGAGCCCUCAGAUGUCUCCGGAGAGGUGCAGGUGAUGUUGCUUUUGUGGACCAUUUAUCUCUGGAAAGUAUUGAUGAGAGUGAGCGGGACAAUUUCCGGUUACUGUGUCCCGAUGGCACGCAGGCCCCUCUGAGCCACUACAGAAGCUGUAAUCUGGGCCGUGGUCCAGGAGGAGGAAUGGUCACCAGACGCAAUUUUCGCAAAGUUGUCCGAAAAUUUGUCUCAACUAUGCAGAUGCAGUUUGGUCAACAAGGAAAAGAGAGGCAGCGCUUCCAACUUUUCAACUCAUCUCUUUCCGGGGAGUCAGACCUCCUCUUUCGAGAUGUGACAGACAAACUGGUUGUUCUGCCGGAUGACAUGGACGUUAGCCAGAUGAUGGGGCUGGAUUAUGUUUCACUCCUUAAAGGCCUCGGCCAUGAAGGAAGCUCCCUGCAGGACAGUGUUGUGCGGUGGUGCUGCAUCAGCCAUGCAGAGCAGAAGAAAUGCGAGCAGUGGGCUCUAAGCAUAAAGUCCGACCCAUUGGUGUGUGUGAGGGCUUCAUCAAUGCAGGACUGUAUUGAAAAAAUCAAGAGGGACGAAGUGGACGCAGCCUCGCUGGAUGCAACACACACAUUCAUCGCAGGAAAAUGCGGCCUUGUUCCAGUUGUCACAGAGUACUAUGGAACUGAAUGUGUCCCUGCUGAAGGAUCGACUCACCUGGAGACUGAUGUGUUUCCCUCAGUUGUGGGCGUAGCCUUAGCGAAGCUUUCCAGCAGGAACGUCUUCAUGGGGAAUCUAGGAGGCCGCCGCUCCUGUCAUGGACACAUGUACAGCCCUGCAGGCUGGCUGCUGCCGUACAGACAUGCAUUAAGCCUGGAGCACAACAGCAGUUCUACCUGUGAUCCAAACCAAGUGUAUAAUACGGUGUUUUGGAAAGGCUGCCUCCCUGGAUCUGAGGGGAACCUCUGCAAAGUGUGCAUGGGAGGCACAGGCGAGGCGACAACCAAACGCUGCACCGACAACCACAAUGAGCGUUACUAUGGAAACAUGGGUGCCUUAAGGUGUUUGGUUGGAGAUCCAAGUGGGAAAAGCUAUGGUGAUGUGGCCUUCCUCGAGCAGCACAACCUCCUAACCAAUAUCCUAGGUUUAAAUUCCAGCAGCUGGGCAGAGGGGUGGACACUGUCGGAUUUUGAGCUGCUGUGUGCUGACGGACAUCGAGCCGCUUUGUCAGAGUGGGAAAGUUGUAACUUGGGAGUCGUCCCGCCAAACAGCGUCAUGACAAGGCCUGUGCUGACCUCUAGGGUGUAUGACUUCCUGAUGAAGUCGCAGGAAACUUUGGCCAACACCCUAAGCACAGAGUUCAAGCUCUUUGAAUCUCAUCAAUAUGGGGAGAGUGAUCUGCUAUUUAAAGAUGCAACACAGUGUUUUGUUCACACGAGUCACAUGGAUUACCGCUCCAUCCUGGGAGAGGAGUUUUACAGUCACGUAGAGGCUGUCUUUAAAUGCACACAAUCCGAUAUAUUGGAGUUUUGUAACCAGGAUGUGUGCAGCAUUUUCUGAUGGAGGAAAUGAAUAAAAUGGCAGCGCGUUUUCCAUUUCACCUCACAGUUGUGAAAUGACUGCAGCCAAAAAGUCUAUCACUUCUUCUGUCAUAAUGGAAUAUUUACUAAGUCAAAGUUAUACAUCUUUGUGUUUUUGAAAAUGGAAAUUAAUAUUUAAUAAACAUUUAAAGCCUAAAAGCAAGCGUCUACAGCAAAACAAAC